UUAAAUCCACAGCUGAAGGCUGUAAAGAAGCUGGCAAAGAAGAGGGGAUGCAACUUCUAAAUGGGAGACUGUGUCUUCUGAAAAGUGAUGUUUCCUGGGUUCUCUAUGGCUGGACACACUUUAUCACCUUUUCUUGAUCUGUUUUCGUUUUCCUCCUGUGUGUUCUGUCUCCUGCUUGGCACCAUAGUCAUUUCAAAAAGGUAUUUCCUCAUGCAGAGUCCGGUAGGGAGGGGGCUGUGUGGGGGAUCGGUGGCUAUGAGACAGAUAGUUACAUUUUGCUCGUCAAGCUCACCGAUCCCCUAUACCGGAUUCAGCUGCGGGUGGAAAUAGUCAGGAAUAAAACAACGGUGCCCAACAGGAGACAGAAAUGGCACAGGGGAGAUCGAACACACCCGAGAGCUGAGAGAACGUGUGCAGCUCCGGACUGUACAGGCACUGUGGGUGCGAUUUUACUGCAGAGCGACGGAAGCAACAUGCAGCAAUACUGAUAAUGGAACAAUUAGGGUGGCAAACUGCUUGUUCUGGUCCACAUUGCUAUUUUUUGAAAAGAAAAUAGCGUCGCCAUAUAAUUUAACCAAAUCAGGAAAAUAAAUUGGGGGGGGGCAUGGUACCCUUGUGCCCCCCAGUUCCGACGCGUAUGAUGGAAGUGGUGGCACAAAGCAGUGAGAAGCAUGCAGCCUGAUAACUUGUUCUUGUGUUCAGGUGAGACCGGAAAGAGAGACGUUCCCGUCGCACGAUGCUCUGAGAGGAGAUGCUUUCUUUGGACUCUGGAAGUGUAAAAUGCAAUGUAAGCGGUGCUGCACAGGGAAUAAAUGGAAGAGAGGGUGAUGUAACACUCCUGGAGAAGGGGGGGGGGGGGGUAAAUGAAUUAUGCAGCCAUGUAAGAAAUUGAUGUAGCUUACGUCACGUGUGGUAUAAAACCACUUGCACAAUGUCCCAUCCUAUCUGCUAUAGGGGCCGUGCAACUAAGAGAGGAAAACUUUCUGGACCUGCUGCAGGCAGGGACUGUGGCAACAGAGAAGGGACAGACAACCUGCUUAGGUACUCUCUGCACUAUUUCAACUUGUCAGCUAACCUGAGGGGAGCAGAUUUACAGUUAUGGAGCAAAAAGUAAGAUCCAAUUCCUUUGCCAUGAUCCCUAUAGUUGUUGCACUUUUGUGCAGGUGGGUAGAAACAAGAGUUUACUCUGCCCCUUGUGAGACUGUAAGGAUACCUAUGUGCAGGAGUAUGCCCUGGAAUAUUACCAAGAUGCCCAACCACCUCCAUCACAGCACUCAGGAGAAUGCCAUCCUGGCUAUUGAACAGUACCAGGAGCUUGUGGAUAUUAAAUGCAGCCCUGUGCUUAGUUUCUUUCUGUGUGCCAUGUAUGCCCCUAUCUGUACCCUGGAGUUUCUCCACGACCCCAUUAAGCCUUGCAAGUCAGUAUGCCAGCGAGCCAAGGAUGGCUGUGAACCCAUCAUGAAAAUAUAUAACCAUAGCUGGCCUGAAAACCUUUCAUGCGAUGAUCUGCCAGUGUAUGAUCGAGGAGUGUGUAUCUCCCCUGAAGCCAUAGUCACUGAUCUCCCUGAAGAUAUAAAGUGGAUGGAGUUUACACAGGAUGUCAUAGUCCAAGAAAGGCCAAGAAUGAAUCACUGCAAAAGUUUAAAUAUGGAUCAAUGCAGAUGCAAAUCAAUUAAGCCAUCUCUGACCAUGUAUUUAUCUAAAAAUUAUAGCUAUGUAAUCCAUGCAAGAGUAAAAAGCAUCACUAGAAGUAGCUGCAAUGAAAUAACAACAGUGGUUGAGGUUAAAGAGACUCUGAAGUCUUCAACAGCAAUCCCCAGAUCUCAGGUUCCGCUUAUUACUAACUCAUCUUGUCAGUGCCCACAGCUGUUACCCAACCAAGAUGUGCUCAUUAUGUGCUACCAGUGGCGCUCAAGGAUGAUGCUCCUUGAUGGCUGUUUGGUGGAAAAAUGGAAAGACCAGUUAAACAAAAGGUUCAAGAGAUGGGAACAGACAUUACAAGAAAAGAAGGCAAGAAACACCCAGGAGAAGAUAAAAAAUACCAGCCGCUCAGGACGCAGUGGUGUGCCAAAGGUAACCCCAAAGAAUUCAGGCACUGCUUCUGGGAAACAAAAGAAGAACAUCAAAACCAAGAAGGAUCAGAAAGAUAAGCGAGCUUGAGUCCAAAAAAAUAUCAAAUUAAAGACAUUGUGUUUGCAUAAAGGUCACUUGCUGGCCUCAGUGGCAUAACAUUAUAUCAAACCCACCGAUAAAUGACUUUUAUUGGCUGCACUUUAUAUGUAAUGUUUUCUUGUUUUUUUGUCUUGACCGCUGCAAACCAAAGAUUCCAGAUUUGCACAGAACCAUUGAAGUGUUAUGGUGAUUAAAUUAAUUCACUGCAUUUGAUCUCUUGCACACAUACCAUCUGAAGUUUGUGUGUCAAUAUGUAAUGUUGUAUAUGUUUUUAAUUAUAUAUCAUAAGGCUUUAACAUAGGAGUAACAGCAUACAGUAAGUAUUUGUUUUUUUGUUGCACUUCAGGCUGGAUACAGUUGUUUAAGGAUUAUACAACAUGGUUAAUAAAUGUUGCUGCUAGAAGAAAGCAGUCCAUGUUCUUAAA